CCGCUGGUCUCUAACGGUCCCGCUGGUGGUACUCUUCCCCCCCUCCUCUCGGCCUGUCCCCUCCCCCACUCGCUGGCUGCUGUGGGAAGAGACAGGAGCCGAGGAGGAGGCAGAGGAGGAGGGGGAAGCCGCGCAGCCACCGCCACGGACACCGGGAGCGGGGACGCCGCCGCCGCCGGGGAGACCAGCCACCGUCUCGUUCACCCGCAGAAUUGUGGAAUGCUGUGAAGACUUUAAGUGCCCUGCAGCAUUAGGCAGAUUACUAUCUGGAUUAUCUUCAGCACAACGAAAUUCAUAUACAAGAGAGUUCUCAGUCUUCCACAAUGAAUCCUGUUUACAGCCCUGUUCAACCUGGGGCUCCCUAUGGAAACCCUAAGAACAUGGCCUAUACAGGUUAUCCAACUGGGUAUCCCACAGCUGCCCCUGCCUACAAUCCGAAUAUGUAUCCAACCAGCAGCCCUGGCUAUGCCCCAGAGUUUCAACUCCUGCAUUCAGCUAAUGCUACACUUCUGAUGAAGCAGGCCUGGCCACAGACAUCCUCCUCUUGUGCCACAGAGGGUACCUUUCACCUCCCAGUGGACACUGGGACUGAGAACAGAACUUACCAAGCUUCAUCUGCAGCAUUCAGGCAACAGUUUUCCACUACACACUUCAACUACGGUCAAUGGUACACCGCUGGGACUCCAUAUAAGGUCCCACCUACCCAGAGUAACAAUGCACCACCUCCCUAUUCUCCAUCUCCAAAUCCUUACCAAACUGCUAUGUACCCCAUCAGAAGUGCCUAUCCACAGCAGAACCUGUAUGCCCAGGGAGCUUACUAUACACAGCCUGUGUAUGCGGCACAGCCUCACGUCAUCCAUCACACCACCGUGGUUCAGCCAAACAGCAUUCCAUCUGCUAUCUAUCCAGCCCCUGUUGCUGCACCCAGGACUAAUGGUGUGGCCAUGGGAAUGGUUGCUGGGACCACCAUGGCAAUGUCAGCAGGAACCCUGUUGACCACUCCACAACACACUGCAAUUGGAGCACAUCCAGUUUCUGUGCCAACGUACAGGGCUCAAGGAGCCCCUACCUACAGCUAUGUACCUCCACACUGGUAAACGUGAUGGCCAAUCCAUAUCUGGAGUCAAACAUUGUAUGCAACUACUCAAGUCUUACAUCGGUGCUGGAGCAACUGUACCACAGCACCAAGUCUGUUUGCAAGAACAAAACAAAAAGUGCAAGGGUCACUUUAUGCAUCUUUAGUGUUUUUUGUAAAAGCUGCUUUUUCUAAUCUUCUGUCUCUGUUU